AUGCCAUUAGAAACUGUCACGAAUAUUCACUGUCUCACUGUUUCGACGCUGGCAAUACUCCCGUGGUUCCGCGUUCCACACGUGCGGUACCGUUUCGUCAUAGGUUCACACACACCGCGCGUCAGCUUUCCUCUCGCGAGAAUUGAGCUGUCCGCGGUGCGGGACGUAGAAAGAGCAAAGUAUCGUUAUCGCAGGCACACGAGCAUCCGCGACGAGCUACGACGGUGGCAGCUACGGCUGCGGCGGCUGGUACGGCGGUCAGAUGCUGUCGCGUGCAUGUGUGCAGCUACACUAGAGGGCCCACGUACGCCCGGUCGGCCGCCUACCGGCCACGGGGAACGCGGACGCGUACACGGACCGUGGAACGCAAAGUGGGGGAGUUGCACAAAGAAGGAAAGAGAUGGAGCAACACUAACCUCGGUUCGAAAGGCUGAGUGUACGACGAAGAGGUUAGAUUGGAACGAAAAGCAGCGGACGGACGCCUGGACGCUUAUGCUGGUGGGGAAACAAGCAGCGUCGGUGGGGAAUGGUGCUCCAAUCGCAAAGAAACGCGGAUCACGCGCGGCUCCGCCCGGCAAGGAAAGGCGAGUUCUCUGGUCGCGAGCGCGAACGCGCCUUUUUACCUCGCGUGUACCGGCUACUACUUACUGCUGCAACGAAACCGCGAUUAAAGAGAGAGAAGGGUACGUUGUCUUUGUGAUCUUCUUUUUUUUGCUUGGUAUAUAAAUGGAACUAUAAUCGUUGAUAAGAUACGAAUUUCUUUUUCGACGUCACCUCGAGGAGCUGAUUUAAAGCAGUGUUCUUUUAAACAUAUUCGGAUCGCAAUACACGGAAUCCUGCUCGACGAAUAUUAUCGCGUUAGAGGAAAGGGACAUAUCGACAAAAAGGAGGAGAAGGGGGAGGGAAAAAGCGGACGAAGGGGUGGUUCGAUCCCGCGGGUUGGACAAUGAGUCCCACGGGCCCCUCCGCUGAGGGAGGCGGACAGAGGGUGAAAAGAGGAGCAUAGGUACGGAGAAAAAAGGACGAGGCGUUAAAACUAAUGGGCUCGUUGCUGAUUCCGCUCGGCUGCCACCUUGAUUAAGCUGCUCGCGACGCUUCGAGAAAAUAUAAUGAACGUCUUCUCUCGUCUGCAAACGCCACACAUUUUGUCUUCUGUUUCCGCCUUCGAUCCGCCAGCAACCCUCUCUGUGUCCACCUCCGCGGAUAAGUUCGAAGGAUUGAUCGACGGCGAAAGAAGUAAAUGCGAAACGACAUUAACGUUAAUGUGAGGACUUGAUUUGCAUAUAUUUGAAGAUUACGUCUCAAACUCCCCUCGUUUCAAAUUUUUGAGAAAAGACUCGAUAUCUGUCCGAUGUAUCUCCGAGGAAACGUUCUAAAAACUAUUAUUCCGAUUACAUUGCACGAUUCAUAAAUCGGUGAGAAGUGGAUCGAAACGAUAUUAUUUCCAACUAGUUGUAUAUAAUCGGAUCACGCGCGAAACGCGAUUCAACAAAGGAACAAUAUAUUGGAGGCGAAACAACCCACGUGAUCGAUUCUCGAAAAGGUUUUCCGCCGAUCGAUUCGAUCGAAUCACGAAAAUCGUGUAAAGCAUCGAUCAUCGUGCAAAGUAUAUUAUGCUUUCCGCGAAAGGCAGCACGGAUCUCUCUCUCCCUCGAUCUAUUAUGAUAAUCGAAGGUCUUAAUUAAAAGAGCCUAUAAAGGUCGUCGAUAUAUAAAAUGCUUCUCGGCACAAUGCGAACAACAACACGGAUAAUAGCAGCCUCCUUCUCCUCCUCCUCGACGCGGCGAAUUGGCCGCAAUCUCGGCUUGAGUCCCGAGAUUAAGGGAAUAAAUAUCCAGGCCCGAUAAUUGUAUUGGUAGUUUCAGUAACUAAUGAUCUAAAAGUCGUUAGCACCGUUCGUGAAGGGUGUUGAGAGAGAGCCUUAUACUUUUGGCUCUGGGACUCGACCUCCUCGAACCGAAAGAGAAGAGGAGCGAACGAGAGGGAGAGAGAGAGAUAUGGUUUCGACGCUGUUGUCGAGAAUGAAACUACGACCUAGCUACCUAACCUGCCACUAGCCACCUCGACGCACGACCAAUCCGAUGGUAAUUCACGAUCGAGCCUUGGAGAAUUGGAGGAACGAAAUCGGGAUGUAUCGCCCUCGAGUUUUCGCCGUCUGAUGAGUGGACCGUCUCAUCCCUUUGGGAGUGUUCGACGACGAAAUCGGUGGCCCCAUUCCGAUACUUUUCUUCCUUCUGACAGAAUUUGAAUUUUCUCCCUUCUCCUUCUUGUUUAAUCAGACUUGGAAGGUAGAAGGGAAACGUUUCUGGUCGCUUCCAAUGUUGUUUAAAUCGUAUACGUUCGAGAUAAGUAAAAAUUUCUCAAGAGUUUUCCAUUUCGAAUCUUUCCACUUCUAUAUAUACAUAUAUAUAAAUAUAUUGUCAAAAGGUGUCACGACACCCCGCUGGGCGGCGAGGAUCUAGCAUCGAAAUCGAGUUUACGUUGCAUAAAGGCUUGUCAUCCGAUUAUAUACACUUGGAUAUAUGCAGAAACCAGUCGGCCGUUAUUUAUCGCCGUCCACGGCCACGAAUAAUACUCGAGUUUCGUCCUCCGCCUCGUGAUCGAGGAUCAAGAGGUUAGCACCCGCGCAGUCGGCGGCUUCACACCCCCUCUUCCUGCCCUAUCGAUUGUAUUUCUCUUCCUCCCUCCUUCUCUCUCUCUCGAUUCGAACAAUGCGUUCCAUCCGCCACCCUACGCCUCGAUACUCCUCUUACACGCCGGGAGGAAAACGAAUGGUCGCGUCCGGUCACGCAGUGCGUAUGUGCUUCGAGGUGUCGAUACGAUGAAGAAAUGCGAGUGCUCGCCUCCCCCGAUCGAUUCGUGGAUAGGAUCGGUGUGUUUCCUUGACUGUAAAGUGCGCUGCCCCCCGAGAUCUAGCAUCUCUGCCUCGUAACGGAUGGGGUGGACGGAGAGAUUUCGUAUCGUAAUUUUUAAUUUUCUCUCUUUCCAAAUCUUUACGGAAGUUUCUUUUCGAUUUCCACGAUACGCACGCUUUUAUCGAUUCCUUCCCCCCGAUAAAUAUCUCGGAGUUAAAAAAAUUCGAUUUCGAGUAGAACGUUUCACCUAAUUUCAGAUCACGGAGAAGCAGAUUCGGAAAUCCUUGCCGGGAAGAGAGGCUGAAAACGUGGACGUCUAAUCCCCUCGCACGAUCGAUGAAAAACGGGGGAAAUCUUAUCGGGCGCCUUAUCCUGUCCGACACGUUCCUUCAAAGAUCAUCCAUUAGAUUCGAUCGGCCAUACGGUUUAUUGUAUCUCGGCACACGUCUAAUGCACACGUGCUCGUCGCGUCCAGAACGAUCCUUACGGGUGAAUGGAAGGCGGGCGGCGACAGGUGGGCCAGUCCCUUGAUAAAUGAAGUGAGAACUCGCAGCUACUUAUCCGCCGAUGCAUCAAAUAUGUCCCGGGUGAACGGAUCGCCGGUAUUAAAAGUGCAUCGAAGACGUAUGCUUUACUAUGCCUGUCCACCAACGCAGCGGAUAAACACGUGCGCUCCCGUGCUUGUCUCCUCCCUUCUUUUCCUUCCACUUUUUUUACUUCGGAACGCUUAUUUCUAGGAAAGUUUCUAGCAAGGACUGGCGUUCGACUGGAAAGGGGGUAAGGAUUCUACGAUUAUUCCACGCGUUGGGAGAGAAUAUCUCUCUUUGGGAGCAACGCUAUCAUUAAAAAAUCGUAAGCGGACUCGGUAAUACGAAGAGGAAUCGAGGGCGGAUGAAGUCGUCCAAAGCGAUAAAUUAACCGGUGCUCGUUCGACAUCCAGUUUCGAAUUCUAUCCACCUUCAACCCUAAAUCUUAACCCUUUGCCCACCCGGUAAUUAUGCCCAAGGUGUCGGUAAACAUUCCUCUCAUUAUGCUCGAACAAAUAAGAGCAUUCUCCAUAUAUAUAUAUAUAUAUACACACAUCAUCGUCGAGUAAUAUAUUGGUAAUAUUUCCUGCGCUGCGAGAGAUUAUCGGCGUAUCAACGUCCAUGAGACGUAACGAUCGACAAGCGAGCGGAUAUAACGAGGAUCUCUCUUGACGAGAAAGGCUUCUCGCAGCCUUCCGGGACAGAGAGAGAGUGCGCUCUCGACGUCCGAAAAUCGACUGGCUUCGUGAAGUAGAGGGUGAAAGGAGAAAAAAAGGAAAGGGAAGAAAGAGAAAGAAAAAGGAAAGGAAACGCAGAGGAAGGGACAGAGAAUGGGAACGGAGAAGUGGAUGCGCCGGCUGCGUAAAUUAUCUCCACACGGUGUGUAUUUAUCCGGAGAUUUACAAGCGGGCAGCGCGCGUUUGAUUUACACGCCCGUGCGCCCGUAGCCCCGGUGAAACGGCUAAAAGGGUUCUGCCGGGUGAAAUAUGCAACAGGAUGCGCCUUCGACUGCAUCCACCGGAAUCGUCCACCUCUGGACUAGCACCUGCGCUCCUCUUCUUCCUCGAAGGAAUCGUUUCUUCUUCUUCUUUUUUAAAUCAACUUUCCUUCAACUUUCGUACGAAACUCUUCUUUCAGAAAUAACGAUAUGAGCUAUAUUCCUUUCGAAAUUCAUUUCAAACCGAGAGGCAAAAAUCUUGGCCGUUUCCUCGUACACGAGCCAGGCGCUAAAUAAAUACCACGUAGCUACGUCACGAAAUUGUUGGCAUGCAGCGUCAAACGACGAUCAAUCUGGAUGGGCGUGCACCUAGUUUGCGAGAGCGGAUCUCUCAGAAGCAGUAUCGGGACAAAGAGGGUGGAAGGCGAGCGGAGUAAACGGCGGUCGUUCAUACAUUGGCUGGCUAUGAAUCGUCCGAGCGUGAGAUCGUAAAGUCAUCCUUAUCAUCGUCUGCAUCUUAAUGCAGGCUACAUACGUUAGGCUACGUAGCGCGCUAUGCCUUGUACACGACUACGUGCGCGCGCGCAGAGUAUAAAGGGGGGAGGAGGGGGGGCCGUGUGCGCACGUUAUGAUGUUUCACGAGGGACCGGCGUAGAGGCGACGAGGUCCAUAUGCAGAAGGAUAUAACAGAGGGGCACAGGUGUCCGACGCCUCAAACAACAUCUUUAUACCCUGCUCUUAACCCUUUAACCAGCCUCGUAUGCGCGAGCCUUAAUAUAUUUCCUCGUGUACGUACGUGCGUGUGCGCGAGCACUCGUAUGACACACGUUUGACGUGUUACUCGCAACAGUGAGAUCGCCUCUGCCUCGAACUGUGGAUCGAGCUCGUGAGUUUAGAUAUAUACCUUCAAUUACGAUUAAUCUUUCGUUUGAGAUUUAGGGAGAUUGGUUUAAGUUUAUCAUUUCACAAUUUAAAGAACGUAUACGGUAUUAUAUAAUUGUUAAUUGAAAUGAAUCUUAAGGAGAUAUUUUUAAGGAGAAGCUAAAAAAGAAAAGCUGUUGAAGGUAUAUUCUUGGAAGACACUUAUAUUUUCUCUCUUUUCGUUGACCGUCCUACUCCGAUUUUAACAAUUGUAUAAUAUCACCAGUCACGUAAAAUUAUUAUCAAGAGAUUCGUAAUUACGCAA